AGAGGCGCAUCGCAGAUGGCCUGCUGGUGAAAGUCGUCACAGUUCAAGUGGGCGAAUACCUACGAUACUACUGAGGCCGGCUUACUUCAGCAACAAGCUUAACGGAAGACGAUUGGUUUCUGCUUCUCCAGAGCUAACACACUGACUGCCAUGUUGUUACCUCUAAACACGUGACGGUGGAUGUAUUAAGCAACUAUCUGCACACAGAGUGACAGUACGCUGCACAAACUCACUGUUGUACAAGGACAAAGCCCAUACUGUGAAUUCAAUCAAGGUGGAAGAGGAUGGUGCAUCAGUUUUAUUCAAGCUUGAACUUUGGACUUUGUAGUGAAAUAAGAGCUGCAGGCUCUGAAAAAGUUUGCUACCAUUAGUAGCAACCUGCAGGAGAUGUAGAAAAAGUUCAGCAAGCCAUUAUCUGGAAAGUGUUACAUGUACAUACAGAAACUGGAGCUCCCAUUUCUCAGCUGUGAAAAUGUUUAUAUCAUCUGAUAAGUUUGCUGAAAACUAGUGUCUGGUUGGUCACAGUUUAUCUUGGAUACUGCUCAUCAGCUGCUCAGAAAAUAGAUAUCAUGCAGCUGAGUAAUAAUGAUGAACUUAUUCAUGUCAUGGAUACCAGCACAAAUGUUUGGAGCACCAUAAAGGACAUUGCAGACUCAGGACUACAGGAGGACCCAUUCUGUGUUUGUGAUGUUAGUGACAUAAUAAAGAAACACGAGGAAUGGAUAGUUAAACUGCCAAGAAUCCAGCCAUUCUAUGCAGUGAAAUGCAAUGACAGUCUGAAUGUGAUCAGAGUGCUGGCUGCACUGGGAACUUGCUUUGACUGUGCUUCAAAGGCUGAAAUCAAUAAAGUUCUGUCUGUUGGUGUCGAUCCCAGACACAUAAUUUUUGCACAUCCUGCAAAACCAUUAUCCCACAUUCGCCAUGCAGCAGCUGUAGGUGUCAGUCUAAUGACUUUUGAUAGUGAAUGUGAGCUUCAUAAAAUAAAGAACCUGUUUCCUACAGCCAAGCUGGUGAUACGGAUAAGAUGUGAUGCAGCUGUAGCAAAAUGCUACCUGGGGAAGAAGUUUGGUUGUAACCCAGAGAAAGAUGCACCAUGUCUAAUGACUCUGGCCCAUUCACUAGGAUUAGAAAUUGUUGGUGUCAGCUUCCAUGUUGGUUCUGGCUGUAAUGAUCCACCUGUUUAUCAGAAAGCUAUUGCAGCAGCCCGUAAGGUUUUUGAUCAUGGGUUGUUUCUGGGAUUUUCCAUGAAACUGCUUGAUAUUGGUGGUGGUUUUCCUGGCCACAAGGGGUGCUCUGUAGACAGGAUAGCAGAGGUGGUGAAUAAUGCUCUGGAAGAAUUCUUUCCUGACUGUGGGACACAUGUUAUAGCAGAACCUGGACGUUUUUAUGUUGCUUCUGCGUACACACUUGCUGCAAAUGUCCACUCCAAAAGGGAGCUUAGGAAUGAAAAGGAUGGAUCCAUAACAUCUGUCAUGUACUACAUAAAUGAUGGAGUGUAUGGCACAUUUAACUUCAUAUUGUGUGAACCUGCUGAAGUGAGACCAAUUCCUCUUAAAGUAAGUCUGGUGCAGUUGUUACACAAUUUUCCUUACUGUUAUUCUCAGAAAUGGGUAAAUCACAUACGAAAUUUUCCUGUACUGUUUCUGUAA